UACUGGAAUCAACUGGAUAAAGUUUUGGUUUCGGAGGUGACAACUGAUGUGGCACUCGUAUCCUCCAGGACUGGGGAAUCUCAGAGACACCUAAGAUGACCUCAGAGAGGAAGGGAAAUAUAUCUAUGGACUACAAUAUUCUCCCAUUACCAAAGUACCAUUACCGAGUCCUUUCUAAGAUGCUUUGUAGAGUCAUAGAACCUCUGAGGGACCUCUAACCUCUCCAUUACAAGUCAUGGCAUGGAUCUGGCAUUCACAAUGAUCACAUCUUCUGCCAAUUGGGACAUACUUGAUAAGCGUUCACUGACUAACUCAAGAUGAAUGGCAGUGACCAACCAAGGAGAGAUGGCGAGGCCGAUCCCCCGGGUCUCUGCCCGUUUAAAGGCUUCAACCUCAGCUGUGUCCAUGACAACGGGUUUGAGCAACCACACGGACCCAAUAUAACUUUCCUUAAUGAAGACCAAUUUGUCCUUCCCACCUUCUCCACCGCUGCCAAGAUCCGGGUGGCCAUCACCUGCGUCCUCUUCAUUUCCUCUGCCUGCUUUAAUGUGGCCACUUUGUGGACCAUCACCCAUAAGUACCGGAAGAAAUCACACAUCCGCAUCCUCAUCAUGAACCUGGUGGCAGCCGAUUUGCUGAUCACCUUUGUGGUCAUGCCUCUGGACGCAGUGUGGAAUGUCACCAUCCAGUGGUAUGCCGGCGAUGUGGCCUGCAGGAUCCUUAUGUUCCUCAAGUUGGUUGCCAUGUAUUCUUCAGCCUUUGUUACCGUGGUGAUCAGCCUUGACCGGCAUGCUGCCAUAUUGAACCCGUUGGGCAUAGGAGAUGCGAAAAAGAAAAACAAGACAAUGUUGUCUGUUGCCUGGGCACUAAGUUUAAUCUUGUCUACUCCCCAGCUGUUCGUGUUCCACACGGUGAGCCGGUCGUAUCCGGUCUACUUCGUCCAGUGUGCCACGGUGGGCAGCUUCGGGGUCCACUGGCUGGAGACCCUGUACAACAUGUUCACCUUCUGCUGCCUCUUCCUCCUCCCGCUCCUCAUCAUGGUCUUUUGCUACACACGAAUCCUGUUGGAGAUCUCCCGCAAGAUGAAGAAGACUAAAGCUUCCUCCAAAGAAGUCAACCUCCGACGUUCCUACAACAACAUCCCACGAGCGCGGAUGAGGACUUUCAAGAUGUCGCUGGUCAUUGUCUUGACAUUCAUCGUGUGCUGGACUCCGUACUACCUCCUGGGGAUCUGGUACUGGUUCUCCCCGGAGAUGCUGACUAGUCGAAAGGUUCCUCCAUCCCUCAGCCACAUUCUCUUCCUCUUCGGCCUUUUCAACACGUGCCUGGACCCCAUCAUCUACGGCCUCUUCACCAUCCACUUCCGCCGGGAAAUAAGACGCGUCUGUAGGUGCGCCACUCAGGGAAAGGAUGCAGACGCAACCUCGCUGGGCACUGGGUCCUUCCGCAUCUCCACGGCUGCCGUGCCCUUGAAGAGGUCGGACGGCACUUCAGGAGGCUCGUGUAAAUUCGACCUGGAGGUGACCGGAGUGGGUUUUCAUUCAGGGAAAUGCAACUACUGUAAACACAAAGUGGUAGAGAGUUUCAUGUGAAGGAGCGGGCCAUCAGAGGUCACCGGCACUCCACUGUGGGCAGCAAAAAGUUAGAGGAGAAACU